UGUUCUGGGAUGCUGAGCUGUCAAGCGCUAAUCAUGACGUGACCUUGAAGUGAUCUAAGGAGGUAAUGUCCAGCAGCCAGUGGUAUUUUGGUAGUUUAAAACACCGCCAUCUGUUCUGCUGAGGCUGACUUGCCACUGAUCAUAACCAUACGUGCCCACUUCUUGCACGAAAACCGUCCACAAUGACUCUGAUCAGCGACGCGAUCAAAAACGACCACCGCGACCUCGAAGAGGCCUACAAUAACAUCCUGACCGCCGCAGGCGACGACGAGAAGCGCCGGUGGCAGAACCAGUUCACCUGGGAGCUGGCCCGCCACUCUAUCGCGGAGGAACUGGUGCUCUACCCCGCGAUGGAGAAGCACCUUACCGACGGGAAGGCGAUGGCCGAUAAGGACCGGGCGGAACACAAGACGGUGAAAGACCAUCUGGAGAAGUUCCAGAACUUGAAGCCGCACGACGCGGAGUUCAUCCCGACCAUCCAAGGACUCUGGGGCUCCCUUUCUCAGCACAUCAAGGAAGAAGAAGAGCAGGACCUGGUCAAGCUUGAAGCGAAACUGGAUAAGGAGGUGUCCAAGGCCAUGGUCUCCUCGUUUAAGCGGACGAAGAUGUUCGUCCCGACUCGCAGUCAUCCGUCGGCGCCUGAUAAACCGCCCUUUGAAACGGUGGCCGGAUUACUGGCUGCGCCCAUCGACCAUCUCAAAGACCUGUUCAGAAAGUUUCCGGACCAGGCUGCUAGUGACAUUCCGCCAUGAAUGCUGUCGGAGAAUCUGUUUGGUGAACUUGUGCGUUGAUAUAUGCGUCAACAACUUGUUAAUCGAUAGUCUUGAGGAGAUUGCCAUGAGUGUACUGAGUAAUGCAAUGUUUUGGAAUAGGUAUCAUUGACAUGUUUAAUGGGGACUG